GAAUUCACUGAGCUCAUCAAUAAGUCGCAGUGCAGGCUUGGGCUUCACUGAGCCCGUUCUAUAAGCCGCUUUGAAGGCCUGAGAACGAUGGCCAGAAGUCAUCUGCAAAAGAUCUGCGCGGUGGCAGUCUCGCUGCUUAGCUCUCAUGGUUCCGUCUUCUCUCCCGCUCAUCCACCAGAGCCCCUCGUUCCUUCUCUCGCCCUGGCAUGGCAUCCGUCGCCUUGACCGCGGUAGAUUCCACAGGACUUUCUCUGUGAAUGGCCCCUUGGGGAGGGAUGAAACAAGGUCGGAGGUCGAUCGGGACAAGGCCCGGGAAGCACUACGACAGCUGGACCAGCAGCUCGAGUCCCUUGCCCAACGAGAAACCCUACCGAGGAAGAAGCGGCCUGCCCCUCCCCCUUUUCUAGAAUCCGAUCUUGAGAGAGACUUCAUGAUGACUGGCAGGCAGGUGGAAGAGAUGCCAGAAAUUUCAGAUUCUUUUCUCGCAUACACUGCUGCAGCACUUCUUCUACUUACAAUCGUGAACAACAUCUUGUUCAUUGUGUUCACAAAACCACCUGCUGAUGGAAAUGAGGAGGUUUCAGACGUUGUAAGACAGCCUCUUGUCGAUCUGACAGAGCAAGCAGCUCCACAGCUUGUUGACUAAAGGUCAGUUGCAUUGUAGUUAAUUAAGUGCACUCUCGUAUAUGUGAAAUGGUAGUUUAUUAAUUCCACAUAACUAUUUUCACUGUGUAGAUUCCAAACACCAUGUAUUUCUUUAAUCCUGCUAUAUGUUUUGUUCAUGACAUCAAAUAGUGUUAUGAUAUCUUCUCUUAUUCCAAGAUUUUGUGAGGAGCUUGAUGUAGGAGAGCUCUCAAUUAUAAAAAAUUUAUGAGCACAGCACAUAGUUUGAGACAUAAUUAACAACAACAAAAAACAAAAACAAAAUUCUACAAAAAUUUGUAGGCAUUACAUUUACAACAUCAACAAGACAAACUUUCUUACCCAAGAUAGACAAUCUCUGUUAUCAGCACUUGUAGAACCUUCAAGAGUUGAGUUCCUAUGAAACAUGGUUCUGCCAUCUGCACAUGUUAUUGCCCCGGAUCCAAGUUACAUCCAAAACCAAAGAACUUAGAAACACAACAACCAUGGUAUUCACUGACCUUGAGAGGAGAAAUCCCGCGAGUGGGUUUAAACUAGGGUUCUCUUUUGCAUUUACUUGCCUCUUCCCAUCAGCUGAAUCUUGGGACGUCUUGGUGGUCUCCUUAAAAACAUUGAAUGUCAAGUCAUGGAUUCUCUUCAAUGAAGGAUCCUUGGAACUGAUUCAAUGGAAAUGGUAAAUCAUUUGUAGAAAACAAUGCAAAGCAUUAGGUACGAAGACGAACAAACAAAAGAACCUGCACAACCGCUUCAGCGACUUGAUAACAAGGGCUUCACAAGAGCCAGGCAUUUGACAUUCCAAAUCCAUCAAUGACUCCGUGACUGCAGCGACUACAGCUCCUCCAGACAUAUCACCAGCAACUUGCAGAAUAAUAUCAAAUGCAGUAAUAAUCAAGAAUGAUAGUGCAGGUGAAGCAGCUGCAGCAGAAGCUCUGGUCUGAGUUAGUUCUUCACUUGAUGAGAAUGAGAAUUCCUCGAUGCCUUUUGCACACCAGUUUUCUCUCUAGAAUAUUCACAGGCAUUUUACUUCAGGAGAAAUGUUUAUUAUGGCCAAGUCAUAAGCAUCUUAUACAUGAUUCAUCAUAGCAUGCCUUGAACAAGAAGCUUGGUUUUGAAGGGUUUUUUGGGUGUUCAUGCCUUCUUUUGCAUUGACCUUUGGUCUUCCUCUGUGAAGCAAACACAAAGCAUGAUACAGAUAUGAAAAGUUUUUGUAGAGUGCACAGUGUAACAAAAAACCUUAUUCUCUCCAAAAGCCUUGAGCUUUUCUUGGCAUUUCUGAUUAAACGAUGUCAGAAGCUCCUUCGCACUCGGUCGCUGAAUUCAAAUUCCAGAAAAUUACUCCAGCAGAUUAA